AUGACAGAGUCCAAACCGAAUCGCCAACUGCAUCUAACCGCUUUUAUGCGGCCAGUCUCAUUGCAUACUGGUGCAUGGCGUUACCCCGGCUCAUAUCCUGAUGCCAAUUUCAACUUCAAACACAUUAGUCAAUUUGCUCAAAAGUUGGAGGCCGCCAAGUUCGAUGCAUUUUUUAUGGCUGAUCAUCUGGCCGUGCUGAACAUGCCGGUCGAGGCCCUAAAACGAAGCCAUACAGUCACCUCUUUUGAGCCCUUUACACUACUCUCCGCUCUGUCCGCGGUGACGGAAAAGAUUGGUCUAGCUGCAACGGCAAGCACAACGUACGACGCACCGUACCAUGUUGCCCGACGAUUUGCAAGCUUAGAUCAUUUGAGUGGUGGCAGAGCAGCUUGGAAUAUUGUUACAACGGGCAAUCCGGAAUCAAGCAAAAAUUUUGGAUUCGAUGAGCAUAUGGCCCAUACCGAUAGGUAUAAACGUGCUCGCGAGUUUUAUGAUGUUGUAACUGGAUUAUGGGAUAGUUUUGCGGAUGAUGCUUUUAUUCGCAACGUAGAGACUGGAGAAUAUUUCGACCCGGAAAAGUUGCAUGUACUGGACCAUUCCGGUGACGAGUUAAAAGGGUGGCCGGUUAUAGUGCAAGCAGGGCAAAGCGAACCGGGCCGACAGUUAGCAGCAGAGACGGCAGAGGUUGUGUUCUGCAGUCCCAAGGAUAUUGACGCAGCAAAGGCACUCUAUGCAGACAUCAAAGGACGAGUAGAGAAGGCCGGUCGAAAGAGAGAACAUUUGAAAAUCUUACCCGCGGCAUUGAUUAUUGUCGGAGAGAGCAAGCAGGACGCCCAGGAGAAGCGGCUCAAGUUAGAUAGUCUUGUGCACUACGACAGUGCCAUUUCAUCCCUAUCAAUAGCAUUGGGAGUAGAUGUCAGCCACCUUGACCCCGACAGCUUAUUGCCAGAAGAUCUUCCUGAGACCAAUGGAAGCAAGACGAGUAGAGAAGGCGUUGAAAAACUGGCCAAGUUGGAGGGAUUGACAAUUCGACAACUUGCUCAACGAUACGGAGGAUAUGCUGGGUUAGCAUUCUUAGGCUCACCGAGCGAGAUAGCCGAUGAGAUGGAAACAUGGUUAAAGGAAGGAGCUUCAGAUGGAUUUACAUGCACCUUUCCUUUCUUGCCCCAAGGGUUGGAAGAGGUGACGGACAAGCUGAUUCCGGAGCUACAACGAAGGAGCUUGUUUCGCAAGGAUUAUGCGGGCUCGACAUUGCGUGAACACUUUGGUUUACCGCGGCCGGAGAAUAAGUUCUUCGUUGGAGCAUAA